UGUGGUGUGAUCAGGACUCGCACACGUGGUUUCUAACACACGAGUGUCGAGUGAUUUUAUAGCAUAUGGUGUGUUUUUAUACAGUAGUAUUUAUUUAGAUCAUUAAUACAGAAGAAGCGGAUGGUGUUUAUCUGAGGAGGUUCAUCAGCAGGUUUAGCGUGAAGAGCAGCAGCUGAACAUCUAAGGCAUCAUGUCAGGACGAGGCCGAGGUCGGAGUCUCUUCACAUUUAACGUGGACUCUCUGGGUUUCGGCCGAGGAGAAGCUCUACCCAGCGGCGCUCAGGCACCCACAGCGCUCUACCCUCCCAUGCAGUUCAGGCCGGUUCCUCUGCAGACUGGAGAGGAGGUGGAGUACAUGCUGGCGCUGAAACAGGAACUCCGAGCCUCCAGCAGGAACCUGCCCUUCCACAUCCAACCAUCUGCACCUCGGAAAGAUGUGGCCCGUUACUCAGAUAAAUACCAGACUGGACAGGCCAAGAACAGCGAAUGGACUCCAGACUGGAAUCGACUCCCUAAAGAACUUUGCCCCAGAGUUCAGAAGUCACGCAAAUCCAAGACCAAACCGGUGUUGAAAAGCAAAACGAAGCCUGCUGCUCCCAAAGAACUCUUACAGAAACUGGAGAACCUGGAAAAAAAGAGGAGGAGAACCAGUCAGAAGAGGAGGAGGACAAGGAGAAGAAGAAUGCCGGAGAGGAAGAAGAAGAGCCUGACCAUGUGGAGGAGUACGACGAGGAAGAGUUUGAAGAGGGGACGGACUACAUCAUGUCCUACUUUGACAACGGAGAAGGUUUCGGAGGAGACAGCGAUGACAAUGCGGACGAAGCCACCUACUGAAAAACACACGCUUUUAAACAGUGUUUUAUUUCUUUUUAUCGCUUUUCAUCUCCGUGUGUGUGUGUGUGUGUGUGUGUGUGUGUGUGUGUGUGUGAGAGAGAGAGGAAGUGUUUAUUACCCACCAUUAUGAACAUUUCGGGGACAUUUUCAGGGAAUAGUUUUUAUAUCCCACAGAAUACAGAGGGUAAAAUAAUUAUUGAACACGUCAGCGAUUUUUUUCAGUAAAUAUACAUUUUUACCAGAUGUUACCAACAUCUGGUAAAAAUUUCAUGCCAAUAGCACCUUUAGUAAAAUCUAUAGAAAGAACUAAAGACCAGCGUUCAUAGAAGAGACCACAGAACCUUCUCUUCCGUUCUUUCCAUUGAAUUUAAUGGGAUUCAGGUCAGAUUGGCUGGACCAUUCCAGAAGCUUUAUUUUCUUUCUCAGAAACCAGAGAGUUUCCUCAGCUGUGUGUAUGAGAUCAUUGUUUUGCUGAAACGUUCACCCUCAUUCCAUCUUCAUCAUCCUGGUAGAUGGAAGAAGAUAUCAAGAAUGUCUUGUACAUUUUUCCAUUCAUCCUUCCUUCAUUUAUAUGAAGUUCAUCAGUACCAUAUGCUGAAAAACAGCCCCACACCAUGAUGUUCUCACCUCCAAACUUCUCUGUUGGUCUGGUGUUUUUGGGGCGAGGUGCAGUGCCAUUUGUCCUCCAAACAUGGUGUGUAUUAUGGCAUCCAAAAAGAUUUGUCUGAUCUGACCAGGUUUUAUUCCCCCAGUAUUUCACAGACAUGUCCAAAAUGUUGUGCAUCAAACUGUAAAUGAGCUUCAGCAUGCUCGUUCUUCAGCGGUGGAGUCUUGUGUGGUGAGCGUGCACACAGGACAUGGCGGUUAAAUGCGUUACUUAUUGUACCUGCUAAUUCCAGGUCUUUCUGAAGCUCUCCACAAGUGGUCCUUGGUUCUUGGGCAGCGCCUCUGAUAUUCUUUUCACUCCUCUGUUUAAUGAGAAGCAUCUGGUCAUGGCCAGUUAAUGGUGAAAUGUUCUUUCCACUUCUGGAUUAUGGCCCAACAUUCAGAAGUUGAGAAAUCCAUCAGUGUGUUUUGCAACAAUAAGGUUGUGAAGGUCUUGAGGGAGCUCUUAGCUUUUUCCUAUCAUGAGAUGUUUCUCGUGUGAAACCUUGGUAAUGGGACACCUUUAGUUGUGACUGAAGCAGCUGGUAUUGAUGUUCCCCGACACGGGGCAGGACUGCUUUCUAAUUACUGACUGGUUUCAGCGGGUCUGGUCUUUUCAUGUGUUUUCUUCAUGUGUUCAUCACUUUUCCCUGUUUCAUUUCACAUUAUUACACAACUUCAUUUAUGGACAUCGAUUUCUGCAUUGGGUUUCAUGGGUUGUUACCAACAUCUGGUAAGAAUUUCAUGUCAGUCGCACCUUUAGAAACAUAUUUAAUGAGAAAAACGAUGUUCAAUUCUUAUUUUACCCGCUGUAGUUUUUAUAUCUCACACAAUAGUUUCUGUAUCCCAGGAAAUGUUUUGCUGCUAUUCACAUUAUCAUUCGUUAUUUAUGCUCCAUUGCUUGUUUUUAAAACAUCUGUGGAAUGUUAUUUUUGGUGACGGUAUUAAGUGGUUGAAGGAAUGAAGUGUAGCUCCUGCAGGUGAUAAAGUGAUGUAUGUGAUGAUAAGCGCUGUACUGUACUCUGAGAGUGAAGAUAAUCAAGUUGUCCAGCAGGUGGCGUCAUUCACUACUUUCCUUCGUCGUUUCCUUCCACUGAGCUGAAACUCUGAACAUGUAGAAUGUCGAAACUUUAUGUAUGUGAGUACAGGGGGACAGGACGAUGUCUCAGCAUGGUGGAGAUGUGGACUUGGUUUAGAAUGAAGAAGUCGAGGUUCGACCUCAGUCUUUUUACCAUAUGUAUUAAAGUGCAGCAUGAACGAUUGUACACGGUUAUUACACAAAUAAUAAACAACAUCAUGGAGGACAUCAGAA